AUGGACCAGUAUCUGAACCUAUACUCGCUGUCCUGCGAGACGCUCCUUGACCCGUACCGAGAGAUCAAAGCACUGGGUCGUUGGAUCAAGUUCUACAGCAUCGGCGGAUCUUUGCGAGUAACACAACCAACCCGACUCGGGUUUGAGAUAUGUCUAAGCAAAUCACUCCACACAGCGAGCAAGGUCAAAAGGACGUUCCAAAUACACAUCGACGUAUUUGGACAGUUGGCGCAACUCUUUGCUAUUCCCCUACCAGCAAGCCCGCGAGACGGUCUGCACUCUCAACACGGCACGAACCAGCCGAAGUCCGGACCGAGCAGAGAACCAGGGAAUGCAAUCGUCAUCGAAGCACUGGUAUUCCCACAUUCGCUCAAGACCCAGAUCUUGGAAGACUGUUACCAAAGUUUUCUUUCGAAGCAGAGAAUAACCCCAACCGGGCAUGGCCAGGGGUGCGCUUCGGAACGGACUCCCCAGAAUGGCGCAGAGGCUCCAACCACCACGCACUCAGAUUCUAGUGCCAGAACGGCAUGCAUCUCCGCAGCUGUCGCGGGAGUAAGGUCCAACGACAACGACAACGACAGCGACGAAGACGCCACGGUGAGCAGAAAGCGAAUUAGGAAAACAGCGGAUGAAAAAGAAGCGGAGCUAAGGUGCCCGGAGGCCGCGGCAGGUCGUGGAUACGCCAAAUGCCUGACAUACUCGACAAGACAGGUGCACAGGCUCAAAUCGGACCACCUCAUGCCGGAUCAUCAGUUCCAGAGACACAUGCUUGAGAUAGGUCGCGGGAAGAGAAGAGAGGCAGAGGAGCAUAAAUGGGUCCGACUCUUCCUCAAGCUAAAUCCUGAUUGGAACACGAACCCACCGUCCCCGUACUAUAGCACCAAUUACCAGACAUUACACGACUUCGGGACCUUCUUGCGGGGUGAAGCAGAGCAGUUCUGGCAGGCUGGCUUCCGGGCUCUUGGUGAUCGUGGUAUGGGCAACACGCUUGCAAGCAAUGUUGGCGAUCACCCGUCGCAAUCGCCAGCACCAGUCAGCCAGCUGUCUCACCAAGUGUCCAUCUCCAAUGACAUCUCUAUAACUUCAGUGGAUGAACGGCCGAAUCUGGGACACCAUGCUUCACUUGAUGAGCAGUCCUACAGCGCUGCGGGCCUCAAUAUGCUCGAUUACCAAUCAAACUUGCUCCCUUUCCCGUCUACUUCGUCCCGCAGCCUUGGGAAGCUACAAACUGCGAAACCCAGACUGGAGACCUGCCAGGGCUGUCAGGGCUGGUUCUCAUGGUCGGCCAAAGCAACGCCUUACGUCGUAUCCUCUGGACUUUGUCGCUGCGAAUCGCACCUUCAACAAUGUGUUUAUUUCAUGGACAAAUACGACGCCGGCAAGUGCACGUGCUGCGAUGGCCGGAUGCCCUUCUCGGACCGCGCGACGCCUUUCAUCCUGCCGGCCUUUAAGAUUGAUACAGGACCGUUGAUUGACGAAAAUGACUUCUCGGACAUGAUGAAUUGGGAUGCGUCGGGUCUGUAG